AUUGGAAAGAGGAGAAAAUGGGAAAUCGAACUGAAAAUGUUAUAUACAUGGGCUUCUGAUUCAGAGUGAGAACAGUGUGCGGUUGAAGUUCUCACUCUGAUUUGCGGAGGAACAAAAUGGGUGACAGUGAUUCGCUCUCCCAAUUUCUCGCAUCUGCGGUUGACGCUGCUCACAAGGCUGGUGAGAUUAUUCGGAAAGGUUUCUAUCAGACCAAGAACGUGCAUCACAAAGGACAGGUUGAUUUGGUCACUGAAACUGAUAAAGCAUGUGAAGAUCUCAUAUUUAAUCAUCUCAAGCAACUUUACCCCUCUCACAAGUUCAUCGGGGAAGAAACCACAGCUGCCGGUGGAAAUGCCGAACUGACUGACGAACCCACGUGGAUAGUUGAUCCUCUCGAUGGAACUACUAAUUUUGUUCAUGGGUUCCCUUUUGUUUGUGUAUCCAUCGGUCUUACAAUUCGAAAAAUUCCUACAGUUGGUGUUGUUUACAAUCCUAUCAUUAAUGAGCUGUUCACUGGAAUCCAUGGUAAAGGUGCUUUUCUGAACGGGAACCCUAUAAAAGUAUCAUCACAGACUGAACUAAUAAGCGCUCUUCUUGCCACGGAGGUUGGAACAAAACGUGACAAUUUAACGGUAGAUGCCUGUACAAAUAGGAUUAAUAGCUUGCUUUUCAAGGUGAGAUCACUCCGAAUGACUGGCUCCUGUGCUUUAAACCUAUGCGGAAUUGCAUGUGGAAGGCUGGAUGUAUGCUUUGAACUUGGCUUUGGAGGUCCUUGGGAUGUGGCAGGCGGUGCUGUCAUUGUUAGAGAAGCUGGAGGUGUUUUAUUUGAUCCGUCUGGGGCUGAUUUUGACAUCACAUCUCAGCGAGUAGCAGCUUCCAACCCUUUCUUGAAGCAUGCUUUUGUUGAUGUUGUGCGCCAAAACCUGUGAGAAACCUGUAAUUAAUCAGCGAGACCAGGAGAAAUUUAGUCAGUCUCAUGUUAAUUCGUUUUUCCCUUGGGUUAAAAUGCUUUGUAGUGUGGAUGCGCGUGACUUCAAUUAUUUUUCUAAUUCUUGUAUGACUUUACCAAAAUUUUAGUAUUCUAUUCUCUAGUUCAAAAAUCUCA